CAGUUCGAGUCUGAUUAUCGUAGUAACUAUGACCACUAUGAGAGUGGUUUUGUUUUUUAUCCUCGCCUAUGCCUACUAUGCGAAAGCAGACAGCAAAGUCGUUUGUUACUAUGACAGCAGAGCCAAUCACAGAAAUGGUCAGGGAAAAUUCGAUAUCAAUUUUCUGGAACCGGCCCUGCAAUUUUGCUCCCACUUAGUCUACGGAUAUGCGGGUAUCAACCCCGCAAAUAAUAAAAUCCAACCCCUAGACGAGAAACUGGACGUCAACCAGAAUAACUACAGGCAAAUUUCCGAUUUGAAAAGGAGAUUUCCAGGACUAAGAGUUCUCCUUUCAGUAGGAGGUGGAAGGGAUACUAGUGGGACAGAAGUUAAAGAUAGAAAUAUGCCCUACAGGACUGUAAUUGAGACAGUAGACAGCCGUUUGACAUUCAUUAAUUCUGCAAAAGAUCUCGUGAAAAACUACGCAUUCGAUGGAUUGGACUUGGCGUGGGAAUUUCCAGAAAAUAAACCAAAGAAAAUCCGAAGUAAAAUAUCCGGUUGGUGGCAUUCGGUGACAACUACCGUAGCUGGUGAAUACGUGCUGGACGAUAAAACGGAGGCGCAUAAAGAACAAUUCACGGCAUUCGUCAGAGAAUUCAGGAACAGUUUCAGACAUGACGGUCUUCUGCUCACUCUCACUGUUUUACCGAAUGUCAACAGUUCAGUGUAUUAUGAUCCUCAUCAGCUGGCUCCUCAUCUCGAUUAUGUCGUACUGGAAAACUUUGAUGUUUAUACUCCCGAACGUAAUCCUAAAGAGGCUGAUUAUACCGCGCCUCUCUAUGAACUCAUUGACAGAAAAAACUAUGAAAAUGGGGACUUCCAAGUCAGAUAUUGGUUGCAAAACGGCAUGCCCAACAACAAAAUCAUCUACGGUAUCCCGACCUUCGCCCGUACUUGGAAGAUGACCGACGAUUCUGGCCUGACAGGUGUCCCGCCCCUACCCAUAGACGGUCCCGGAGAAGCGGGUCCCUACACCGGACAACCCGGACUUCUUAGCUACAACGAAGUGUGCACGAAAAUCGCCACUCCGACGGAAGUCAAAGCCGGGUAUUUGGGGAAACUCAGGAAGGUCAAUGACCCCACGAAGAGAUUCGAAGAAUAUUGGAACACCGAUAGCGAUGUUACUAAACGUUUUGGAACUUACGCCUUCCGCCUGCCUAAGGGUGAUACCCCAGGACUGUGGGUUUCUUUCGAAGAUGCCGAAACGGCAGGACAGAAAGCCAGCUACGCUAUGGCCAAAGGGCUAGGCGGUGUUGCCAUUGUCGACGUCACGUUGGACGAUUUCCGGGGAUUGUGCACGGGAGAUAAAUACCCGAUUUUGAGAUCCGUGCGAUAUAGGUUGUGAUAUGAAUAGAUUUUGUUGACUGUGAAUGAUUUUAAAUGUUGAGAUGUAUGGCAAUUCAUGUUUUUAUAAUUUGAAAAUUUGAAUAAAUCAUCGUAUUUUAU